AUGGGGCUGUGGACAGUUCUUCAGGGUUUCCUACUUAUAGCCAAUGCUUUUGCCAUAUUGAAUGAAGACCGUUUUCUUACUCCCAGACGAUGGAGCUUCGCUGAUGUUGGAGGCGCCCAUGGAGCAAACACCUUCAAAGGACAGAUCAUUGGCCUCAUCUACGCGGCUCAAUACAUGAGACUUCCCUUGAUCCUUCUUAACGGAAUCACCAUAGUUGUCAAGUUCGUUUCAUUCUGA